UUUGUUGCUAUGAACUGUUCAAAAUUACAUGCCCAAAUUUGAUUUCCGCUAUAAUCCAUUGAAUUCUAAUUGAAUGUAUCAAGUUUGUUUUACUGAAGGCAUGGAACAAAGUAGUUCCUCAUCAUCUAAUCAUCAACACCAUUGGAUUGAGGUUCAAGAUGAACUCAAAAAGAAAUUAAUAAAAGAAGAUGGUUUUUCAUGGGAAAUUCCAUCAUCUUCAUCUUCAGUGGAAUUGGAAAUGGGUGAUGGAGGAGAGAGAAAAGAGGAGUUGAAGUAUGUUGGAGGGGUUGACAUUAGCUUCCUGAAGGAAGAUCCUUCUGUUGCUUGUGGGACCCUUGUGGUUUUGGAACUUGACUCGUUGAAUGUUGUCUAUGACGAUUUCUCUGUUGCCAAACUUCACAUCCCCUAUGUUCCGGGUUUCCUUGCUUUUAGAGAGGCUCCUAUUCUUCUGAAGCUUUUGGACAAAAUGAAGAAAAAUGCUCACUCAUUCUAUCCUCAGCUACUGAUGGUUGAUGGCAAUGGAAUUCUUCAUCCCCGAGGUUUUGGAUUGGCUUGUCACCUUGGAGUUAUGGCUGAUCUUCCUACAAUCGGAAUAGGAAAAAAUUUACAUCACGUUGAGGGUUUAAAUCAUUCAGAGGUCAGAGACCUUUUUAAGACCGGUGAUUAUAAUGAAACAGUUUAUUUGAAUGGAAACUCUGGACAGACGUUGGGUGUGGCUAUGAGAUCCACUUUGGGUGCUUUGAAGCCUAUAUAUAUUUCAAUCGGUCAUCGAAUUUCACUUACUACGGCAAUGAAGGUUGUAAAAUUGACUUGCAAGUACCGUGUGCCGGAGCCAAUCAGGCAGGCUGAUUUAAGGUCAAGAGAGUACCUGCGCAAGCAAACCUCAUUGACAAAGACCCCAUGUGAUCACCCUAGUGAGGGCUAACGAUGGAAACCAUUGAAGAAAGACCCUGAUGUCUCGAAGGCAUGUCAGAAAAAUGGACCAAGCUCAAGCAGGUAUGAUCGAGCAGUCCAAACAAAUCGAUCGACUUGAGAGUGUGGUUGACGAGUUAAUGAAAGAAAGAGAAAUGCUUUGUAAGUAGUUGAAUUGUGCACAAGAGCAAGGUGAGGAAGCACUUGAGAAGUGUGCUGUCCUAAUGUGGAUGUUGGUGGUUUUGGUGCGGUGAAGAUCAAACCUACCAAACUGGCGACUAUAGUGGCGCUAAAGACGCAAAAGAGGAGAUAACUUCCUCUUUGACGUGGAGCAGUACAUCUGAGUGUAUCGAUUGAGUGACGAUCUAAAAGUGGAUAUUGCAAUCAUCUACCUAUCAGAUGAUGCCUAGUUCCGGUGGCUCACUAAGCAUGCCGACAUCAAAGCAGGAAAGAUAAAGAUUAACACAUGGGCACUGGGCAGUGUUAAAGAGGGAACUCGAAGAACGUUUCUGCCCCGUGAACGCAUAUUUUGCUUUCUAACAAGGUGAAUUGGAUGUACUUAAAGAUCAGUUCCACAAAGUCUCUAACAAGGUGAGUUUUAUAUGUAAUGUCCAAAGGAAAAUUAACGUGAUUACGUGAAUAAUCAAAACUUGUACUCCAUAUAAUUUUGCUUAAAACUUGUGUCAUUUUGUUUAAAAUUUGUGUAAUUUUAAUUUGUCAUU